UUGCCUUUACCGCAGCUAAAGCUAACUACAGUGUAUCCCCUACUCCUCGCUGUAAGAAACUAAAUCUUUGUUUAGAUGUGUUGACACUGGCCUUGUUGGUGUAGAUUUGGUCUUUCAAACUUCGGUUUUAAGCAAACAGACUGACUCUCCUGGUGAACGAGAUUGUGUGUGUGUGUGUGUGUGUCACCUUGGUUGUGCUCCUCAGUCCUCUCUCUGGGUGUGGAUGACACUGGCUCUGUGCCAGUCCUCUGUAGAUGAAGAUGUCCCUGGCUCAGCGAGUGCUCCUCUCUUGGAUCUUUGCCCUGAUCUUCCUCAUCAUGCUGGUCCUCAAGCUGGACUCCAAGAUCCACUGGAACUGGUUCCUCAUCUUCCUCCCUGUCUGGACCUUUGACACCAUCCUCAUCCUUAUGCUGAUAGUGAAGAUGGCAGGGCGCUGCAAGCCAGACUUUGACCCCAGGGACGGCGAGCAGAGCCUGAAGAGGAGGCUGUGGUACCUGACAGCCCUGCUGCUGAAGCUGGCCUUCUGCCUGACUCUGUGCUCCCGCCUGGAGAAACUCACUGACAUGUGGGUCAGCGUAGUGUGUGUCCCUUUGUGGGUGCUGUUGAGUGGGGCACUGGUGGAGCUGGGACACAGUGUUUUCCACUACAGGAGGGACUGAACUGGAGGUACUGAACUCUGCAGUACUAUUAUACAGGGGACUAAAACCUUCUGCACUCAAGCUUCUCUAGCUAUGGGUGCACCAAUCCAAUCCCCUGGAUUGGUGUCAGAGCCAACACUGACCUUAUUAAGCAGAUUGUGGAUCAGCCAGACAUGACUGAUCCACAUUAAACACUGUUUCUUUGUCAAGGUAAUCAUGAUAUUCACUUUUUCUGCUACACUUUGCAUAAGCUACAGCAGGUUGCCACCUAAACAGGCUCCAAUGAGUUCUACACGGGGUGGUUUACAGUUUUUAAAUAUGAGAGGAAGGGAGAAUUUACAUUGCUCUGGCAUUCCCAUCACUGCCUUCUGACUUGUCUUUAGGCAACAGCGAAAAAGAAAUUGUGACUUGUGAUCCAUACACCAGUUCUUUACUACACUAAAUGUUGGUCUACAAUUCACCUCUUAACUUUUUAGGGAGAGAGCACACAUAUGUACACACCAAUGCAACACUCUCGAAUGUGGUGUCCAUGUAACACUGACACUAGCGGUGUGUUGACAGGAUGAAAUUACCUGGUCUGCACUAGCAUGCACUGUGUGCCACUGAGCCAUAUAACCUGUUUGUGGAUUCACUGUUGCAAAGUAUAUCACUAUUUGAGCAUUUCUGUAAAGCAGUAGGAAAUCUCAAAUUUGUCAGUAACCCUCCAGGGACGUCCCUCUGCCACUGACACCAUUUGAAUGUAAAUUCAGAACUUUCUCUUGACUGUAUGGAUUAAAAAAAGUCCUUUAUAUUUUCAUGGAA